AUGAUGACGAUAAGGUUAUACAGCAAUCUUACAGGGACAACGCUUCCUGGUGGGGCACGACGUUUCUAUCUAACCGGACUUAUUUGUGACUAUCUGUCCGUGAGUCUGGUGUUCUUCUCUAGUCUUUCAGGUAGCACCGAAUUUGGACUUGAAAAUAAAGAAAUAAUAAUUGGUCUCAAAUAUGCUAUAUCAAUAGCCAGUUAUUCGGAAGGUUAUAAAGAGUUGUUGUCAUUAGAGUGUGAUGAAAUCUUGUUGGAUAUUUUACUAUUUACUAGUUUUUUACGCGUAUCAUGUCUUUCUCUUUCUCUCACCUACUUAUAUUCCCAGUGUAUGACAGCACUAACUGUCAAGCGUGAUUCUAAAGACGGGGACAGUACUUCCCUGAGCUUCCACAUCGCAAUUUACUAUUGUACUCAAGUGGCAAGCUUAGGAAACAGAUUUGUACAUUUCAGCAGUAAAGACGAGAAUGACUCUGAUUGCGAUCUGAAAGAAAUCUCAAAAUAA